ACGUGGGAGCCAGGGCAGGAAGUUCGGGAACAUGGGGAAGAGAAAAGCCCGGCUACAGCAACAGCAAUUGAUCAGCAAUUUGAGCAAGAAACAGAAGAAGCACCUGAAGGAUUUCGGGGAGGAGCAUCCUUUCUAUGAUCGGGUUUCUAGGAAAGAACAAUCGACUCAAAUUUGUGAACUGUCUGAAAAUUCUGAGCAGUCGAGCUUGGAAAGUGAUACGGAGAACGACCCGGAACCCAUCUCAGAAUAUCACAAGCUACUGGCCACGUUGAAAACUGCUCCAUAUUCAGACAACGAGGAGGAGGAGGAGGAGGAAGAAGAAGAGGAUGGAUCUGGAGAAGGCAGUGCUGAGGAUGGCACAGAAACAGACAGUGAUGAGGUCGAGGAUGGUGGAGAAACGGUGGAUGAAGGGAAUGACAGCAAUAUGCCUAACAUGGAAUCAGAUAAGGGAGCCCCAAAGGAGAAAAAUAGCCAAGAGGAACCUAAAGGUCCAGAUACUUCAAGGGACCCUCAGCUUGAAGCCUCUGAAGACUUCAUGGAUGUAAAGCAUGAGUCUGAGUUUAGUCUGGAAACCAAUUUCAUAAAUGAAGAGUGUAGUGAUUCCAGUGAAGUUCGGAAAGAAAGCAGUUCUUCUGCAGAAGUUACAAAAGAUCCGUUUGAGUGUCACAUGGAUGAAGAACUAAAAGAAAAAGAAGUAGAUAAAAUUCUUGCACACUCAAAAUCUACCAGUCAAGUCAAGUGGCCAGUGCUGGGUCAGUUAGCUUUCUCUUCCACUCUUGAGAAGUUCGGAACGAUUAAGCCAGAUAAAGAAGUUGAUCUGAAGCAGCUUCACCUCCGCAAGCCAUUAGGAUCCACUUGGCCAAAAGUGAACGGCUCGUUCGUUUCUGUGCAGACUAAGUCAAAAGAUCAGCCAUUUACCCCUUUACAAAGAGAGCUCUUCUGCAUUAUGAAUUCAUAUAAGGACUUGUUCUACCCGGAGAGGACAGCUUUAAGGAAUGGGGAGGAAAUUCGUCAUACCUACUGCCUGCAUGCCCUGAACCAUGUCCUGAAGGCAAAUGCCCAGGUACUUGGCAAUAAUGCCAAACGAAGGGACCAAAAGCCUGGAAUUGAUGAUGAUGAUGAUGAUGGCUUCAGGGAUCAAGGACUCACUAGACCAAAGGUGUUAGUAGUGGUGCCCUUCCGGGAAUCCGCUUUACGUGUGGUUCAGAUUUUUAUCAGCCUCCUUGAAUCGGCAAGUCAAAAGAAAAUUGAUGUGAGCAACAAAAAACGGUUCAAGGGGGAGUUUGGCUCCAAUCCAGAAGAGAAGCCGCCAAAUCUGAAAAGACCUGAAGAUUAUGAAGCUGUUUUUGCUGGGAACAUCGAUGACCACUUCAGGAUAGGUGUUGCCGUUCUUCAGAAGAGUAUGCGACUGUAUGCUCCAUUUUACUCUUCCGAUAUUAUAAUUGCAUCUCCCCUUGGCCUGAGGACGGUUAUUGGAGCUGAAGGCGAGAUGAAGAGAGACUUUGAUUUCCUCUCAUCAAUAGAAAUUCUUAUCAUCGACGAAGCUGACGUCUACCUGAUGCAGAACUGGGAGCAUGUUUUGCACCUUCUUAACCACAUAAACCUGUUGCCUUUGGAAUCUCACGGUGUGGACUUUUCACGGGUGCGAAUGUUCAGUCUGAACAACUGGUCUAAGUAUUAUCGGCAGACGCUGCUCUUUGGCGCCCUUCAGCAUCCACAGAUCAACUCUAUCUUCAACAAGCAUUGUUUCAAUUACAGGGGACAGGUAGCUGUAAGGAACGCACCCUUGACGGGCUCCAUCAGUCAUGUUGUGGUACAGCUCCCUCAUGUUUUUCGCAAGGUAGAAGCUGAAAACUCCAUUUCCGUAAUAGAUGCAAGGUUUCACUUUUUCAUUGACAAAGUGUUGCCUGAGUACCGCGAUGCUGUCAUGUCACACACACUCAUUUAUGUCCCGUCCUAUUUCGAUUAUGUGCGGCUUCGGAACUACUUCAAGAAGGAUGAGCUGAGCUUUACACACAUGUGCGAAUACACCAGUAAAUCUGGCAUUUCCAGGGCAAGGCACUUCUUUCUAAAGGGAGAGAAGCCAUUCCUCAUUUUCACAGAACGUUUCCACUUUUAUAAAAGGUACUCGAUUAGAGGCAUCCGGAACCUCAUUUUUUAUGAACUGCCAACCUAUCCUCACUUCUAUAGCGAGGUCUGCAAUAUGUUGAAGUUGGCAGGCAGCAGUGAAGAGGCCACCUUGACCUGUACAGUGCUUUACUCAAAAUAUGAUGCCCAGAAGCUGGCUGCUGUGGUGGGUGUCGAACGGGCAGCCCAGAUGCUCCAGUCUUCCAAAAAUGUGCACCUUUUUGUCACUGGUGAAACGGAGUAAAAUAAGCAGUAAACUCAGAUUUGGAUGGAGUCUUUGGACUGUUUAAUAACAGACUGUUUGGGGCAUACAUUUCUUCUGGAACAGAUGUUGAAAGAGGGAAGUUAUUUACACAAUACCUUUGUUUUUAAAGGACACAAACAACAUUGUAGUGAAGAAAUAAAGGUUGCAAAAAGUGUGCAUUUCAUCAUCAUCAUAUCAAAGGUUGCGUCACAGAGCAAGGGUGGUUAUCCGAA